UUGCUGACGUUCAUUCCAUCGGAAAAAUCGCGCGACUCAACAGGCACUCCGGCCAACGAGUAAUUCCAAAACAAAUUAGUCAAAUGAGAGUUCCUAAAACUUAGGAUUAAUAAUUUAGGAAAAUUUACGAAAGAAAAAAAAAACAAAAUGUAUAAUUCGAACGAGUUCUUGCACAGCGCUGGUGUGAGCCGUCAAAUGCAAGCGACGGGAGAGGCGCCCUCACAAAAGACCAGCAUGAAGAGGCGAUCCUGCGAAGUGCCUCUAGGUGACAUAUCUUCAAACAACUUCAAAGUGUCCUUGAACGACAUAUCGACAAUCAGCGACGUCAACUACGACUGUAGAUCUCUACGCUCUGUCAAAUCCGAGGAUACCAGACUGAGAUACUACAGACCCAUAGAUAGUAGAAGCGUGAAGAACUUCCGAUCUUCUCUUGCUGAUAUAUCUACGUGCUCGUUGUCUCGGCCGCCGAGUUAUGAUCAACUGUCGAGGCGGUCGAUGAUCGAAGGUGCUGAAGCUCAAGCUAUGACGUCAUCGAGCAUCGAAGGCGUCCUGUGGUCUGAUGAGGAGGAGAACGAGUAUUUCUACCACGAGAACAUCACGUCUGCUUGGAAUGAAGACUUGGCCGCGAUACGACAGCUGCUGGAGAGCGAGACGGGCGGCACAACCUGUCCCAGUUGUAACAUGCCCUUUGACAAGGGCAAAAAGAGAAAGUUGAUCGACACCUGUGGACAUGAACGCUGCUACUCCUGCAUGUUCAGAAACGAAGCCUGCCCUAUAUGUGCGAGAAACAGUCAAGGACGAAGACAAACGAUGGAGAGAUACACGCCGUCGCCCCAGCGGCAGGAUCAGGAUUGGCAAUCGCCGAUGCGUCUUCCGAAACCACCGAAACAACCCUCUAAUUUAGCGCAGAACUGCCCCACACCACCGCACACAAGGAGAAGAUUCUUUCUCAGUCCCAAAUCACUGCGGAGCCCGUUCGGACAACGUGCUUCGAGGCAUUCUCAUGAAAACCACGUGCCUCUGUCUGGGUUACCAGAAGAAGGGCCGCGAUCAGCUGCGUGGCCAAGUAUGGUGUUCAAUAAGAUCAGGUCGCUAUGGUCUGCGCACUCCUCGGUACCACAGGGGCUCAACCAGUUGACAGACGACGAAGGAGGUCACAUCAAACAGUCCGGUUACGAGUCGAGGAGACAGAAUGACUUGUACAUGCGGCUGGGCCUACUGCUCGGGGAGCGGAGAAGCGGCAGGAACAAGGCUCGGGACAGCUGCACCUCACUGGCGUCUCUCGAUGCGCACACGCUGGCCUCUCACAAUACCAGCCCGGUGUCGACAUUGACGGGCUCCUCUGAAGUUGAAGCGGCAACGCCCCUCGGCAGAGACUCCUUGGGAUCCCUGGCUUCAAUGUCCCUAUCUGCAGCCAGCAACUGUUCCUCCUCCAGUCCCGGCAGUAGGAGGCAUUCUGUCAAUGCUUUACAAAGCAACAGAUCUGAGGAGUUAACGCGCAUGUCGAGUGGUUUCUUCAAGACCAGAAAGACUGCUGCAAGAAGAUCUGCUAGAGUCAACAGCAAACAAUCUUCCUCAUCUUCCGAAAUCAAGAAAGUGCAUCCAUCACCUCAACUGACUCUUCGACCGCUUUUCUUUGAAGUUCCAUCGUCAGAUGGUCAGAACUUAUUUUCGGGACGACAGUGGCUCAUGAGGGAUAUGGGGAAAGCUCUAGACUCCAGUUCGUCUGGUAUCCUGAUCUCAGGCUGUCCUGGCACAGGCAAAACCGCUUUAAUUCUACAGUUGGUUGAGUAUUCCUGCUUUGGACGGAAAAGAAAUUACGAAUACGAAGAACUUAGAGAGCAAUCGGACAUCAGGGAGCUUCUACCUGAGGAAUUGACGGCUGGCAUGCUCACCCAUUUAGCGUCACAUGUAGUCGCUUACCAUUUUUGUCAAGCUGACAAUAACAGUACUUGUCUAGUGGGUGAAUUCGUUCAUUCGCUCGCCGCUCAACUCUGUCAAGCUCCCAGACUUCUAGCUUAUAGGGAAUAUUUACUAAGUGAGCCGCAUUUACUAGCAUGCCUGUCUUUAAAAGAGUGCAUCGCUGAUCCGGACUUAGCAUUCAUGCGAGGAAUCAUAGAGCCCUUGAAUAUAUUGAGAAAAAAUGGAAGUAUAGAUUCUGGUAACAGCAUAAUAUUAGUUGAUGGUCUCUGCGAAGCGGAAUACCAUAGACCUGAUCAUGGAUACACCAUUGCGUCGUUUUUAGCAAGACAUGUCCCAGAAAUGCCUACGUGGCUCAAAGUAGUGGCAACUGUAAGAACGCAUUUUCUGGAACUUACAAAACAGCUGCCAUACUCUAGGCUUAGCUUAGAUGAAUCUGACAAUGUCAAUAAAGACUUACUGGAGUAUUUCAACGCAAGAGUACAAGCUGCACCUAUCAUAGAAACGAACAUCAAAUCCUCAACUGGAAAAUCAGAAGGAGUCCACAAUUCUGUACUGAAGUUCGCCCAAUACGUGCUACAUCUUAGUCAAGGCUCAUUCCUAUUUCUCAAAUUAAUAUUAGAUUUACUAGAAAGAAGUCACAUUGUUGUGAAAUCGACGAAUUACAAAGUCGUGCCCAUAUCCUUGGCACAGAUAUUCUUACUCCAGUUCAACUUGAGAUUCCCAACAAUACAGUCGUUCGAGAAGAUCACUCACAUUUUGAGUGUCUGUCUAGCUGCUCUCUAUCCAUUAACUUUAGUGGAAAUUUACUACUCAGUGAACUCUUUAUUGGUCAACACUUUUCUUCCCUGGGACGAGUUCUGUGAUAGAUUCGAAAGCCUUUCCGACUUCCUAGUGAAGAGGAUCGACAACACAUACAUGUUUUUUCAUCCUUCGUUUAGGGAAUGGUUGAUACGACGCGAUGAUAAUGAAAGUCCGAAAUUCCUAUGCGAUCUGAGGGCUGGCCAUUGCGGUAUCGCGUACAGAUUAUCAAGAGUACAAGCGCCUCUGGACUCUGAAAAGAGUAUGGAGUUGGGCCACCAUAUAUUGAAAGCUCAUAUGUACAGGAAUCUCGGUCCGGCACAACUCGGUCUGUGUCCAAGGGACUUGCAAGCCAUGAUGGUUGCCACAAGUUCUGCUAGUGUAGGAGAAGCCAUCGCUAAUCUAAGAAACAUAUACACGCCCAACGUAAAAGUGUCCAGAUUGAUGCUAUUAGCUGGCGGAUCGCCUAAUCAAAUUACUGAAUGUCUAGGAAACGCACCUUUGAUUUGUAUGUAUGCGUAUCAAGGAAUCCUGUCCAUGGUCGGACUGCUUCUUGAGUUUGGAGCUGAUCUUGAAAUGACGAAUUCGCAAGGUUGCACAUCUCUCUCUUUAGCGUGUCAAAGAGGACACACUGAUGUCGCUAGAAGACUUAUUGCUGCAGGUGCAUCGUUAAGCCACACUGAUACAGCCGAACAAACUCCUCUCGUACAUGCGGCUAAAAAUGGCCAUCGUGACACAGUUAUAUACCUGCUAGGUUGUCAAAGUGGGAAUGGCGAACGGGGUUCCUUCGACGAUGGCAGCAUAGAACAGCUAGUGCCGGGAUCAAGACAUGCUUUAGUGGCAGCAGCUCAAAAUGGGCACUUGGAUAUCGUCGAGUAUCUGUUGGAUACCGCGGAACUCAUACCCGACGGCAUAUGUCCAGUGACAGGUGAAACUGCUCUAACAGCAGCUUGUUCUUCUGGUAACGCCGCUAUUGCUGACGCCUUACUGGUCCGAGGCGCUACUCCAUAUUCCUUGAACGCAAGACAAAUGUCCCCAUUAGCGUUGGCAGCGAAGAAUGGAAGGACGGCUCUGGUUCUAAGACUGUUGGACUCGGGAGCUGACGUGAUGGGAACUGAUGGGAAGAACCCUCUAAUUUUAGCCGCUGCAGAGGGACACGCCGAUGUCGUGGAGUUGCUUUUGAAUCAUGGAGCUGACCCAGAUGCAACCGAUGCUGAUGGCGUUUCGGCGCUGGGUUGGGCGAGUUUGAGGUCUAGAACUACCACUAUGGUUAUGUUGCUUGAUAAAGGAGCCACUGUUGACCAACCUGACAGAAGCGGAAGAACACCCCUUGGUCUCGCAUGCGGUGGACCGGCGGAUUUAGUUGAGAUUUUGUUAGAACGAGGAGCUUCUUUGGAGAAAGUGGACCAUAGUGGUUUAAGACCCCUGGACAGGGCUAUUGGACAGCGAAAUGUUCACGUCGUCAACUGUUUCUUAAGAAAGGGAGCCAAGCUAGGUCCAACCACAUGGGUUAUGGCAGCAGGCAAACCGGAAUUUAUGCUGAUCCUACUCAACAAGUUACUAGAAGACGGCAACAUAUUGUACCGCAAGAACAGGCCUUCAGAAGCGGCGCACCGCUACCAAUACGCGCUUAAGAAGAUCAAUACCUUGAUCAGCGAUGAAGGCCAAACUACAACGGGCAAUCAGCCGGUUCCUCAUGAACAUAUAUCGGCGUUCGUCCAACUGAAGACGCAUUUAUUGCUCAACUUGUCGAGGUGUAAAAGGAAACUGAACGAACCUUCAGAAGCUUUAGAACUAGCCGCUCGCGCCUCCGUAUUGCGGCCCAACGCUUUCGAAUGCGCUUACGCCAUGUCUCGAGCUAUUCUAGCACUCCACAAACCUUCAGAAGCACUUCCUCACGCAAGACGGGCCCUUUUACUAGCGCCAUCCACUGACUUUGCCGCUAUAAGGACAUUGAAGGCUCUCCAACAAGAAAUACUGACGAGAAUUAACGUAGGAGCACAUAGUCUCAACGGCGACUCCAGAUCUGUCAGAAACUAUGAUACUAUAAGCCUUAAUAUGCCUUAAGUAGAGUUAAAACCCGGAAUCUAAUAAUAUUACUUGCAAUCACCUAUUCGUGCCAUCUCCUGACCUCGAUCCUAUAAGAACAUUGAAGGCGCUCCAACAAGAAAAAUUGACCAGGAUCAAUCAGAAACUCUGACACAAUAAGCCUUUAUAUGCCUUGAUUGUUAAAAAAAACGAAGUGUAUAUCGAGCCUUUCUCGCGCCCACAAACCUGCAGAGGCACUUGUCACACAAGACAAGAUCUUUUACUAGCACCUACUAUUACUGACUUAACUGCUAUAAGGACAUUGGAAGCUCCCCAGCAAGAAAUAUUAACCACGAUCAAUAUAGGAGGAGCACACAGUCUGAAUAGAGAUAACAGAUAUGUCAGAAACUUUGAUACUAAAAGGCUUCACAUGCCUUGAUUGUUAGAUAAAACUCUCCGCGGUCCUCUAUACAGGUAAAGCAAGCGUCAAUAUGCUAAUCUAUAAACAUCGACUUAUUUGCGAAAAGGAUUAUAUUUUUCUUCUUUGUUAAUGUAAAAGUCCUACUAAACGGCUAGGCUGAUUUAGUUGAAAAUUUGUGUGUUUUCGAUUGAGUGCCUUAGCGAUUUAAAUUCCCGCUAGACCCGGUGUUCCAGUAUGGUUUAUAGGAAUUUCAUGUAUUUUUACUGAGCAGUAUAAUUUCUGUCGAAUUCGCUAGUACUAAUAUCCAAUGACGGAAUCACGAAAAAGAUAAAAUUACGCAAUUAGCGCAGCAUUAGAUAGUAUUGCCACAUCGUAUAAAUUUUACCCGCCUCGAUUCUUAGUGUGUAAUAUUGUAGCAAGAUGAGAAACUUUCUAUACCUACGGCAUAUAACAUUUUCGUAAAAUUAUACUUAAAGUUUUAUAAAUUGAUGAUAUGAUACCUGACAAAAAAAACAAUUGAUGAACUUUUUAUCAUUACUUAGAUAUCAUAGCUGGAUUCACAUAAAAUUAUGUAAAUAUUUACAUAUAUUCAUUCUAGGUAAAUAAAUACAACUACGAACGAACGAGAAUUUAAAGAAAAUAUAUAACUUGAGUGUCGUUCUCUUCGCAUGAGUUCUUGAAGAAAACUUUACAUCAGCUAUUGUUAUUGUAUUAAUAAUUAUACAUAAUGUUGUAGAUAGUGAUAUCUUUGAUGUGAUGAUAUAAAAUGGACUUUUUGUAAAUAAUUUCGUAUGUAACUAUGUUACUGUAAUCACCACUGUACAGUAUAAAUGUUAGUAUAUUAACGUCAAACAUGUUUUCCCUAUUAUGUUUUAAAGUGCUUGCCAUUUUAUAUAUUUUGAAUGCUUUAAUGAUUUUUUUUGUUGAUAUGUAAUUAUACCUUUUUUUACAACAAUAGACAAAAUAUACUAUUGGUGCCUUUUUAUUCAAUUAUAUAUAAAAAAAACAAUGCAAUUUAAGUUGUCUAAGUUUUUGUUGUUAAUUUAAGUUAAUUUUGAGUUAAACUCGUAUCGCCUAUAUCCUUGCUUUUGUUUUAAUUUAUUGAGAAUUGUGGAAAAACAUUAUAUUUAAUGGAAAUAAAUAUAAAUUGUUUUAUGAAAAUUUGGAAGCGUGGUGUGAACUUGAAUUCUGUGUACUUUUCUUUUAAGGAUGUGUUUAAUAUUAAAUCAAAGUGAUGUAUCGAAAUUUAAAUAUGUAAUGGAUCUAUUUAUUAAAUAUUUUGGUUAAAAUAGAAAACUUUUGAAAAUAUCCUUGAAAUUCAUAUGUGAAUUGAAAUAUAUUUAUGAAAAAUAAAAACAAAAUCAUACGAUUUUUUUUAAAUGUUAUAAAUAAGACUAUUUUCAAAAAAUAUUGAUAACUUACUAAAGGAUGGUUUUCUGUAAUUCGAUUAGUAUAGUUCAAAUGUGAAAAAAUAUUUUAUGAAGACUGACAGUAUGAAAUAUAUCGAUGAAAUUAACAAAACAUAAAUUACUUUAUAUAAAUCAUAGACAGCUAAGAAAACUUUUGAGUACAAUAAAUAGCUUAUACGACAGUACAUUAUUAUUUUAACGAUUUAUCUGAAUAAAAUUUACAUAUUGCUUAAAAUGUUUUAUUUAAUUUAUAUAGCUUCUGAUUUGCAUUUGAAUGUAGCAAUAUGCGCCUAACGAGUACGGAAGCUAUUUACCUACAAUUGCAAACCAAAAGCUAGCCUUACCUAGGUUUACCUAAUGUUAGCAGAUGUAUUUUUUUAUCAUUUAUUAUUUUUUGUAUAGGGCAAACAUGUGCAACUAGCAAACUAUUGAGGCUACUCGAUGCUAGAUGGCGCAAGCAUACCUGCAAAUUCUCGACAUCUGUCUCCCUAAAGUACCAAGGGAACAUACAUUUGCAAGAGAUUAGAAAGUACUAUAGUCGUAGUUUUUCUUAACUAUUUACUUCAGCCACCUGAUACCAGAUGGC